AUGACGGACUUUUUGAAACCUAAAGAGACCAAUCCUCGAGGAAUUCCCAAAGCUCCGUUCAUCGAAAAAGUCGAAUCGGUAGUAACAGAUCCAUCCAACUAUGAGACGAUAUUCAGUGCAUUUUCGGACAGAUUGCAGCAAUACAAGUAUAUGGAACUCUCUAAAAAGCAGCAGCUAGCCGAUUUGAAUAUCAAAAUCCCCGAUGCAGAGAAGAAUUUGGAAGUGAUCGAGCUUCUCAAACAGAAGAAGAACGAGGAAGAUGAAGACAAAUGCAUCGAGACUAACUACGAAUUGGACAGCACGUUAUACACGAAAGCUACCAUUGAUGCAGAAAACCUCAACUCUGUUUACUUGUGGCUUGGUGCCGAAGUAAUGUUGGAAUAUCCGUUGGACGAGGCAGUGGAACUUUUGAACUCAAGGCUAGAAAGUCACAAGAAACAGUUGAAAAUGGUUGAGGAGGAUCUAGAAUUUUUGAGAGAAAGCAUCACUACAAUGGAAGUGAAUACAUCCAGACUAUACAACUGGGAUGUGAAGAGGAGAAGGGAGGAGAAGAAGUGA